AUGAAUAAAUUUAUUGAAGCAGGCAAAUUGGUGCUUCCGGGCCAGCCUAUUUCAUCGACAAAUGCUACUAUAGCAGGCCCUGGUACUAUCAUUUAUAACUCUGUUAUUCGAGCAUCAAUCCCAGGAAAAGUAGUUCAAUCUUUAAAUUUAAAUGGACAAUGCCAAAUUUCUGUAGAAAGAUUGUUAUGCAGAUUCAGCGGAAAAGGUUCACCCAUUUUGCCUGAGGUGAAUGCAUUUGUAUUAGGCCGGGUUAUAAAGAUUAAACCUAAAGAAGCUAUAGUCAGUAUUUUUGUAGUUAAUGAGGUAGUUUGUCAAAGAGAGUUUCAAGGCAUCAUUAGGAUUCAGGAUAUAGAAACUAUUAACAAGAAUACGGUUAAAGUCUAUACUUCAUUUCGUCUAGGAGAUAUUGUGAGAGCACAAGUAAUAUCAUUAGGUGAUCAAUAUUCAUAUUAUCUUUCUACAGCAAAAAAUGAUUUAGGAGUCGUGUUUGCUACAGAUAUUACGGGUGAUGCUAUGUAUCCUAUCAAUUGGCACCAAAUGCGUUCAUAUGCUACAGGUAUUAUUGAGGAACGAAAAUGUGCAAGACCUAUAUGA